GUCUUUUAAUAAAUCCACAGGGGAAACUCAAAGAAAACAGCACAGCCAACAUGAAACGCAUGCAAUACAGGACAAAAAAAGGGCUUAAAUGAGCAGAGACUGUCACCGGUAUCAGAGAACAUAGCGAUCGCCCAUAAAGACAACUAUGGCUUUUUGUCAAGUUUUAAUGUUUGGAGCAGUUGAUGAAUAAAUAAUCAACUAUUAUGUGUGUCUGCUUGACUAACAGAUUUAUUGAUCACUGCGAGAACUGACUUGGUCUGAUGUUGGUUCUAUAUAUACACACGCAUAUAUAUAUAUACACAUAUACAUACAUACAAACGUCAGUUUCAUCUCUAAGUGAAAGAAAUUCACAGAGCUAAGAGUUAUACUGCUUGAUACAGCUUUAUUUAGAUUGGUUAAGAUAAUCUCAAACAUCACAAAGAAGGCAUAGCAAAAUAAGGCAAUAUUUAUUGAUGAGUAGCCUUAAUUCAGUAGAUGCCAAUAUUGCUCUUACCAUUAAUUCUCUGUUAAAAACUGCUAAUGAUAUGCCCUGUUUAAUAUAUACUGCAUGCACAUGUACUUAUCUACAUUGGAUAUGAACCUGAACAGCAUAACAAUGGGAUAUCAGCGCUCCCCUACAGGUCGAAAGUGAAAGUGCAGCUCUGAGCAGGACGUCCUUUAUCAGAACAGGUUUUUUUAAAGUGAAACUAGGAAGCACCAGAGAGCUGCGGGACAGGUUCCUAGUGUUUAGUUUGUCUUAACUUGUUUGUAACUUCUAUCUCUAAUGCACACUAGAACCAGUAACUAUAAUGCUUAUUAGCAUCAAAUCCCCUCUUUUUUUUUGUAAAUAUACAUGAUUAAAAUAAGUGAUAACUUUCUCAUUCACCCAAGUCUUUCUGUCCUGUGAAUUCAACCGUCCACGAACAGCACACAAGAACAUCUCUCUCCCCAGUGACACAAAAUGGAAGACGCUAGCAUAUUGUUGAAGGCACUUAAGGACCUGGAGAAAGAAGAUCUUGAAGAAUUCAAGUGGCACCUGUGUACUGGUUUGGCAGAUGACAUCGAGCGUUUUCCUAAAGGAGACCUGGAGGGAGCUGAUCGUAAGGCUGUGGUGAGCCUCAUGGUAAAUCGGUACGAUACUGACGCUGGGAAAAUCACAGUCCAAGUGCUGCGCAAAAUGAGUCAAAAUAAUCUUGCAAAAAGCCUUGAAUUAAAGCUUCUGGAAGGUCAGCAGGACACGAGAAAAGCUUCAAUGCCUGUGGAGUCACAGUCUGAUGGGAAACAACGCAAAAUGAUUCAAUCCAGCCAAGAGUUUAAGAGAAAAUUCUUCAAGAAAAGGAGAUGA